AUGGAUACGCUGCUUGUCGGGGUCGCGCGGUCGUCGCAUCCAGUCGCAGUCAAGCGGCAGCUCGUCGAGCGGCUCCUCUUGUCAUUCGGAUCAUCAUCAUCAUCAUCAUCAUCAUCAUCAUCAUCAUCAGCAUCAUCCUAUGCUGCGAGUAUGCCAGAGUGGUCCCAGGCGGAUCUCCUCGCCAUCUGCGCAGUCGCUGAGCAAUGGAUUCUCGCAACGCCAGUCAUCCCAUCUGGACCACCACCACUGCGACAAUCACCGCGACAAUCACCAUCAGCUCACAGCAAUCCAAGCACAACGCCAGCUGCAGCUGUGUCGGAAGCGCAGCAGUCCCAGCCAUCCUCAUCCUCGUCAUCAUCCUCGACUACGACGUCGGGCAUGCCGCUCGCGCUGUCCCGCGAACUCGGCCUCACGCUGCUGAUUGCACUGGCAGUCAACCACUCGCAGCUGUUUGCAUCGUUCUACGCUCCCAGCAGACUCUCGGCGCGAUGGUCCUUCAGUUCGUCUGCCACAGCCAAUCCUGCGCUGCGAAUCCUGCUGCUACUGCUCGUCCAUGUCCGUUUCCCGGGAACCCUGCCAAUGACGCAUCCCGCGUUGAUAGACCAGCUUCCUAGCGGAUUGUUUGGCGCGAGUGCCUCUUCUGGAGGACGUCCGGCGCUGCCUCCCGGGUUUCUGACCCGAUUUGCCACGGUCGUGUCGCGAGACGUCUCGGCAGCGCAUAUGGUCGGACUGAACAACCUGGGCAACACUUGCUACAUGAACAGCGUUCUGCGAGCUCUGUUCAUGACGCGGGCCUUCCGCGAGCGAUUGUUGGAGCAGCCACGGCAAUCCGCACGGCAGCCAACAACAACUUCGACGAACGACGGCACAUCCUCCAAGCCUUCUUCAUUCGCGCCCCCGCCAGUCUCGUUUGUGCGGCGUCUGCAAGAAGUAUCCGCAUCAAUGGCACUGUCCAUCAAGCCGUCGGUCAGUCCCUUCGAUAUGACCCGCGAUUGCAUCCCGCCCUGGUUUGAGCCGGGAUCGCAACAAGACUCGUCCGAGUUUCUGCGCUACCUGCUUGACCAGCUCGGGAAUGAGGCUGCCUUGCCAACGCGUGAAGAGCUGGCGUCUACACAGUCGAGCCAGUGGCUCGAGUCGGUCCCGGCCCCGCUCCAGCCAGCCUUGGCCCAGUUCCCAAUGACAGUGUUUGGCGGUCUGCUCGAAAACCAGUUUGUUUGCGGCACGUGUGGCUUUGUGGCGCACGUCCCCGAGCCCUUCAACGACCUUGCCCUUGCGUUUCCCUCGGCCAUCCGCGACGCGCCGGGAGCGGUCACCGUCUCGUUGAAUCAGCUCUUGUACGAAUUUCUUCGCAGCGAAACGCUGUCUGGUGAGAAUGCGUACUCUUGCCAAGCGUGUCAGACGCGCUCGGACAGCCAGCGGAUGAGCCGCAUGCUUGUGGCCCCAGAGCAUCUGGUGAUUACUCUUAAGCGCUUUCUAUUUGAAGUGCAACCGAGCACGGCACCAGGAUCGGCUGCACCGACCGUGCGGCGAAAAAAGAUUGUGACCAGUGUCGACUUUCCAACGGCGCUGGUGCUUCCUCCAGAAAUGUUUGCGCGUCAAGACGCAACUGCGACAGAGUACCAGCUGUAUGCGGUCGUCUCACACUUGGGCGCGUCGAGCGACCAUGGUCACUACAUUUGCCAUGCCAUGGUGCACCACGAUCAAGAAGAUGCCUUGCCAAUCAACGAGCGCGCGGCCGCUUUGAGCAGCGGCUCCGCUCAAGAUGCUAGCUCUACAUUUGCUUGGUUCCAGUUCGAUGACAGCACCGUGGCUGCUUCGUCCUGGCACGAGAUCAUUUCGCAGACAAAACAACGACCUACCGACACGCCGUACCAGCUGUUUUAUCGCAAGCGCACUGUGGAUGCCAAUGCGACUGCCGUGCCCUCCUCCUCGUCGCCGACUGCUUGGCCUGCGGAGUUGGUUCGCUCGGUCAUGGCCGACAAUCUUCUCACGUUGCAAGAGCUUGAGCAGGAAACACAGGCGCGAGCAACUGCGCCACGUCGAGUCGUUUCCAGUGCUCGCAACACCCUUGGCCAUCGGUGGGGUGGCAAUUCUGACGACGAUGACGGCAGCGGGGGAAACCAGCCUCCUGCGAGUGACAUGUUUGCGUCGCGCUUUAUUUUUUGACGCCCCGAGUCUCUACAGAAAGAAAAUGGUUUUCAAGUGCGGUUUUUCAACAUUACAAUAUUAUGUAUACGACACAGCUUGUGACAGUUUACAUCGCAGUUGCCAAGCAGACAAACCAAUAAC